AUUGCCACACGAAUGACAUUUAUAAACAAUACUCGAAGAUACAUCAAACGAACAGAACUUUUCUUAGAUAAGAAAUUCUUUCUGUAUUUUAGUUGAGGAGAGAAUGGAGCGAUUUGCUCCGAUAUUAAAUUAUCACUAAAUUAAAAUCAAAAUAAACAAAAAGAUUACUUACAUAUAUAUUUUAUAUAAAAUAAAAUUCACACAAAAAGGCUAUAGCGAGCGUGCAAGCAAUAAAUACGUUAAUAUUAAGAAUAUAAAAGAAAUAAGUGGAAAAGGAUUGCUUGUUUGUAUAGACGUUUUGUUUAAUGGCAUUUCGGAAAUUCGUAAAAUCUGUACUCUUGGGAAUUCCAAUUGGUAUAACGUUUCUUGAUUGUGUCGGCUAUGUUGCUCGAGUGGAUGGUAUAUCCAUGCAGCCAGCUCUUAAUCCAGAUGUCAGUCAAACUGAUUACGUUUUUCUCUCACGAUGGGCUGUGCGUAUAAGCAGUGUGGAACGCGGGGAUAUUGUUUCCCUUAUUUCUCCCAAGGAUCCUUCACAGAAGAUAAUCAAACGCAUCGUGGGACUGCAAGGUGAUGUCGUCUCCACACUAGGUUACAAACAUGAAAUAGUGCGCGUCCCAGAAGGUCAUUGCUGGGUUGAGGGUGAUCACACAGGCCACUCUUUGGAUAGCAAUACUUUCGGGCCAGUAGCACUGGGCCUAAUGACUGCUCGGGCGACAUACAUUGUAUGGCCUCCAGAACGGUGGCGUCGACUACAAACAGAGCUACCUCGGCGACGUAGACCUAUACAAAUAGCAAAAUCAGCUAGUUACUAUAGCCAAUAGUGACUUUUUUUAUUUGAGGUAUGUGCUACCUAAUAGCAGAGUAACGCUAUACCAGAUUGAUUUAGGGAUCCUGUAAGUGUAAAUGUAAAGUCAUUUGAAGACAAUUCGAAUGUUGUAAAUCUUAACAUAUGUUGACGUGUGAAUGAUUAUAUCCUUUAAAAUUUUCAA